AUGAUUGCCCUCCGUCGAGUCGCUGCCGCCACCGCCGCCGUCCCGAAACGCGCUUUCGCUCUGCCACUGCAGCUCAUGGGUUACGCGGACAUGCACGAGAAGGAAAAGGCUCUGGAAGCCGCGUUCUUCAAUAAACAGGACGAAAAGGCGCUGCGCAAGCUACUGCAGAAGAUGAAGGGGCAGACAGACGCUGCGGACAAGGAUGGCUACAAGGACCACGUGGAACACGACGUGAAGGGGCUCAAGAAGAUCCCCGGCCUCAACUUGAACGACGAACAGGUUCAGGCGCUACUCAAGUGGAAGCACCAGCAGUAG